UUAACUCCUUACUCCUUAAUGUGCUUCCACGUCAAGAAAACAAAAAUAAUAAAAAGUCAAGUUGUUCCACUAUAUUCCAAUAAAUUAUAGAUAGUGCGACUCAUCUUGGAAAUUCCAGAAACAAACUUUUCUGCUUCUUCUGCAUUCUCUUCGUGUUCGUCCCUAAUUCAGUAGCAAUCUCGAAGGGUUAGAGAGUACGUGCGAAUGGGUCUGCACACAAACAAACCGAAAAUAAAAGGAAUAUAUAUCUGCUCCUUGAUUGAAAAAUUUGAAUUCUAUCAAUAUGAGUGUUGUGGAUUUUGAGAAUUAUAGGGAUUAUUAUUUGAUGAUGAAAUUUUCAGUUCGAGAUUCCCCCCCAUCCCUUUGGAGCUGUACCAAGAAUGUAUUUGUUUUCUACUAUAGUCCAUCCGUCUCUUUGAGAUCACUAUAGGUAGUGACAUGUUGUGAGUAGUAGCAAUCGCGAGAGUACUCAUUUGUGCUAAUGGGUCUGCAGUCUGCACACAAACAAACCAAGAAAAGGAAAUACAAAUAAUUUUGCUCUUAAAUUGAAUUGUCUUCUAUGCAAACCUGUUUUCCCUUCGGAACUCCCUUGCCCAAUUCCACCCCCAACACUCCUUUUCUGUGGAAUAAUAAAAUUGUUAAAAAUAAAUGAUGUACCUCUCUUGUUUCCUUUAGUAAUAUGAAAUGCAAUAGAUUUGCUCAGAUUCCAUACAACUAACUGUUUUUAUGAUUACUUUGUGGUGACUAUUAUGGUACAAGUGGGGCCUCAAAAUGAAGGGCAUAAAUAUUAAUAUUGCUCAUAAUAAGGAUGUUUUAGAGUAGAUUAGUUGGUAAAAAGUUUGCUCGUUUAUCCUCUUUACCCUCCAUGAAUACGAAUUCAAGAUGUUAAAAGAAUUUUGCAUAGGGCCUUCAAAACUUUUAUCAAUUUUCACUUCAUCCCUAGUUACAAGAGCAUUUUCUCAGUCAUUGGUCAAAUUUAUGAGUAUGAUUUCCUUUUCUUUAGUUGACACUUAAUCAGGAAACCAUUUUUUGAUUCCAACAGCCAGCCAGCAAUAGAUGAUUCCAUGGAAACAGGAGUUUUUCAUGAAGAUCUACUGCAGGAGAUUCUAAUAAGGCUACCAGCCAAGUCAUUAGUUAGAUUCAGGUGCGUUUGUAGGUCUUGGUAUUCACUUAUUGCAAGUCCAAGUUUCAUUUCAGCACAAGUGGUUCACAAAAAAAAAGCCAAAAGCUAUCAUGUACUUCUAAGAAGUUUCAAUAAUACAGAGAGAAAAUAUAAGUAUAAAUUGUGCAAUGAUGAUGAGCAUUUGGAUGAAAUUAUGAUAAUUGAUUUCCCGUUUGUGAGUGAACACAACGACUUUUUUAGGAUCGCGGGUUGUGUGAAUGGACUAGUAUGUUUAUCAGAUGAUAUUGUUGAAGUAACCGAUACUGUAAUUAUAUGGAAUCCGGUCAUUAGGAGAUUCCUAACCCUUCCUAAACUCGAACUGAAUGUAGACUCAAGUGAAUUGGGCCGAUCAGUUCUUGGUUUUGGCUUUGACUCUUAUAACAACGAUUACAAGGUUAUCAGGAUUGUGUAUCGUAAGAAUCCUGAUUUCGAAGCCCGCCAAAUUGAGGCGUUGAUUGCAAUUUUUAGACUUAGCUCAAGUUCUUGGGAAGUUAAUAGGUCUGCUUCAGUCCCUUUGCUUGAUACUCGACAAGCCUAUGUAAAUGGGAGCAUUCAUUGGUUGGCAUAUAACAAGCUGAUGGUCGGGUUUGAUGUGGAAUCUGAAGAAUUAAGAGACAUGACGCUUCCUAACUCGUUGAAGAAUGCUAAUAUUAGUGAUUUAACGAUUGCCUCAUGGUGUGAUAUGCUCUCUGUAUUUGAAAAUGGGUAUUGGUUUGGUAAGCUAUCUUUGUGGGUUAUGAAGGAUUAUGGUGAUCCUAACUCAUGGGUGAAACAGUUUGAGAUUGAAUCGUUUGCGUUGGUCAGAAGUCUUAGAAAAAAUGGAUGUGUUAUACUCGAAAGUAUUGGUGGCAAAUUGGUUUUGUACAAUGCUAACACCAAUCAAUUUGAGGAUUUUAAAACACAUGUUGAGGGUUCUGUACGUGGUUUUCAUAUGAAAUCAUACCUAGAGAGCCUUGUUUUGUUAGAUCGGUUGGAUGUGUACUCUAUUCCCUAGAAUAUGCAUGAAUAAAUUUGGACGAGGAGCUCUCUAUCGGUAUGGUUUGCCGGCUUUUAUCCCUUUAUAGAUCCUAAUCAUGGUUUCUACGAGCAGAUUAUACUAGGUUUGAUGAUAAUAUGAUGAAAUUUGGACGAUGCAGGAACUUGAAGGCCAAUUGUGUGCAGAUCUGCUAAAAAUAACGAUUUUAUUUGUAUUUUGAGAUUGUAUCUGUGUUCCAUUUUUCUUUAUGCACGAAAAGGUUAACACUUAAUACAUGUUCUUUAUUUUAGUGGGUUUUGAUUUGAUUUCUACUUUUAUUGGCAUGGAAAUGGUGUAUUAGCCAACACUCAUAGAUGAAUUAAAUCAUAUUAAAGGGCAUGAUGAAUGUUGCUG